AUGUCGUCGGCUUCAACCUCGUCCGCUCUGUACGCAACCGUCUCGUCCUCUUCGCGAGCAACCGGUGCCGUGCCAAAGAACACCAAGGAAUUGCGCCAUCAUAACAAGAAUGGAAAGGGCUUCAUCAACCCUUGGGACUCUUAUGUCGACAGAACUGCUCCACAAAUUAUCUCGGCUUUGAUCUGGCGAAAGCUCUCGGGCAAGCAGAACACGCCCGAUACGACCCCACCCACCGUCCCAGUUCAGAAACCCGACUUCCUACCCACACGCGAGACCAAGACGUUACGAGCAACAUGGCUAGGACACGCCUGCUACUACGUCGAGUUCCCUAGUGGCUUAAGAGUUCUCUUCGAUCCUGUCUUUGAGCCGAGAUGCAGUCCCUUGAGCUUCAUGGGCCCGAAGAGAUAUACUCCCGCUCCUGUCGACGUGGCCGACAUUCCCAUAAUAGACGCCGUCGUCAUUUCACACAGUCAUUACGAUCAUCUUUCAUACCCUACCAUCCUCAAGAUCAAAGAAAAGCACCCGGAUGCCCACUUCUGGGCUCCGUUGGGAAAUAAGCCAUGGUUCUCGAAAUGCGGCAUCGAGAACAUGACCGAGUUGGACUGGUGGGAGUCGAGGGACUUCACUCUGUCUGCGAAGAAGCAAGAUGCGGAAACCACACACACCGAGACCGGGUCGACUGUGAACGCUGGAGGUGCCGAGGACAUCAAGGCUGUCAUCGGCUGCCUCCCUUGCCAACAUACAAGUGCUCGUACUCCAUUCGACAAGUCACACACCCUAUGGGGCUCAUGGAGCAUUGAGAGCGGCGGCAAGAAGAUCUGGUUUGGAGGAGAUACUGGCUACCGCUCUGUCCCUGACCUUCCCGAAGAGGAGAACGACUACGACGAGAAGCACAACUACCCAACAUGUCCUGCUUUCAAGGAGAUUGGUGAGCUCAGGGGUCCAUUCGAUCUCGGGUUGAUCCCUAUCGGCGCAUACGACCCUCGUUUCAUCAUGUCUCCUAUGCACGCCAAUCCUUUCGACAGUGUUAACAUCUUUAUUGAUACGCAAUGUAAGAAGGCGCUUGGAAUCCACUGGGGCACAUGGGUAUUGACAGAAGAGGAAGUCCUUGAGCCUCCGAAGCUACUCAAAAAGGCAAUGGCCUGGAAAAGCCUUCCCGAGACUGGCGUGUUUGACGUCUGCAAUAUUGGCGAGAGCCGCGAGUAUUGA